UGGGGCCGGAGAGCACAGGCUGCGCCUGCGCGUGAAGCAAAGGCCGGUGCUCGAGUGGGGCGUCCCCACGGACAGGCGCGGGGACGCUCCGCGGGAGCAGGGCGGAGGCCAGCACAGCUGCCGACUCCUGUGCUGGGCCCGCGAGGAGAUUCUGGGGGCCCCGGCUGCUGCCGCAUCCUCAUCCAUCACGUGCCUCCGCGGGACGACCCCUCCUAGGUCCCUGCCCUGCCUUCCCGGCGGCCCCGGCAGGUUUUCUAUCAGAUGUCCCACCAUAAGAAUGCUGGAGUUAAGAAGUCUUUGUUCCUUUGCUCCAAACCAGAAGACUUUGUUACCUGCAUAUAGAGUAGAGUAAUGUUGGUUAGAAACGGGCUGGUGUUGGAAACUGAAGAUUGUCAUGACUAUGACUCUAUGCUGAAAUAAGAUUAAUUGUCUUAGAAAUACUUAGUUGGGGUAACCUAAAUCUGUUUUGGAACCAUGAAAAUUUUGCUGGUUUUUGACUUUGACAAUACAAUCAUAGAUGACAAUAGUGACACCUGGAUUGUGCAAUGUGCCCCAGAGAAAAAGCUUCCUAAUGAACUACAGGAUUCUUAUAAAAAAGGAUUUUGGACAGAAUUUAUGGGCAGAGUCUUUAAGUAUUUGGGAGAGGAAGGUGUAAGAGAAGAUGAAAUGAAAAGAACAAUGACAUCAAUGCCUUUCACUCCAGGAAUGGUGGAGCUUUUAAACUUCAUAAGAAAGAACAAGGACAAAUUUGAUUGCAUCAUUAUUUCAGAUUCAAAUUCUGUCUUCAUUGAUUGGGUCUUAGAAGCUACCAACUUUCAUGAUGUGUUUGAUAAAGUGUUUACAAAUCCAGCAGCUUUUGAUGGCAGUGGUCAUCUCACUGUGGAAAAUUAUCACGCUCAUUCUUGCAAUAGGUGCCCCAAAAACCUUUGCAAAAAUGUAGUUUUGGUAGAAUUUGUAGAUAAACAGUUACAACAAGGAGUGAAUUAUACACAGAUUGUUUAUAUAGGUGAUGGUGGAAAUGAUCUUUGCCCAAUAACCUUUUUAAAGAAAAAUGAUGUUGCCAUGCCACGGAAAGGAUAUACUUUACAGAAAACUCUUUCCAGAAUGUCUCAAAAUCUUGAGCCUAUGGAAUCUUGUGUUGUAGUUUGGUCUUCGGGUGUUGAAAUAAUUUCUCAUUUGCAAGUUCUAAUAAAGGAGUAAUAUGCCAACAAUUGAAAUGUGUACCAGUUAAGAUGGGGUACAGCA